AUGGAACCGCCCCUAAACAACUACUGUGGUGGGUGUAACGCCGAGUGCGUCCCGACAAAACCAGACGUUAUCAUCUCGGAGUGUGUUGACGGACAGCGGCUGGUACCCUGCGUGGAUAACCCGUGCACCCUUGUCCGGUGCUCGGCGGGAACGGAGUGUGUGACCAACAACUGCGGCGGAUGUAACGCCAAGUGCGUUCCCAUCAAACCGAUCGUACAGUGCACCAGCUGGACGGACUGGCUGGACCGAGAUGACCCCUCCGGGACCGGUGACUGGGAGACCCUAUCCGACCUCCAACAGGAUUUCCCGAGCCGGAUUUGUGACGCGCCCACCGCUAUCCAGGCUCGCGUCGUCGGUACGGGGCAGGACGCGCUGGCCACGGGGGAGAACUUCGUCUUUUAUGACGCCACCAUCGGCUUCGUGAGUAGGAAGGAAGACCAGAAGAACGGCAUGUGCCUGGACUAUGAAGUCCGCUUCUGCUGCCCGGAUGUCGUUCCGGACUGCCCUGCCGGGUCCUGGACGCCCUGGUUUGACCGGGACAACCCCUCCGCCACCGGCGACUGGGAAACCCUGACCCCGCUGCGGAAGGAGAACCCGGGCCGGAUCUGCUUCAGCCCUACAGCCGUGCACGCGCGCGUCAUCAGCACGCAGGUGGAGGCGUCCCUUGCAGGGGAGUCUAUCCACUGGUACGACACCACAACAGGUUUCGCCUGCAUUAACGAGGAGCAGGACGACGGGAUGUGCUUGGAGUAUGAAGUUCGCUUCUGCUGUCCACCAUGCCCCAACUGGACUCCCUGGUUUGACCGUGACAACCCCUCGGCCACCGGAGACUGGGAGGUGCUGUCUCACCUCCGUCCGGAGAACCCCGGCCAGAUCUGCCGCGAGCCUACCGACAUAGAGGUUGUGCUGUAA